AUGAAUCGGUGGCGGAGAUCAGUGGAUGAGAUCCAGGCCAGGAAACGGCAGGUCACAGAGUGUGAGCGUGCCCUGGAAGCCCUGUGCAAGGUGACUGCCUGUUUCCAACAGAUGGCCAUCUCUAUCGGAAGUAACUCAGAUGGCAGCUUUCUGAGAGAGGAGAUGGACGAGACCAGAGCACUGGCUCAUAGAAUCUGCACAGGGUUGCACAGACGUCUGGUCCCUCUUUUGACAGAGAGGGCGACUGAACCUGGACAAGAGGAUCGAUUACAGGUGGAGCGACUGUGGGUUAUUUUCCUCACUGGGCUAGAGAACCUCCAACAGGACCUGCACAAAGCCAGUGACUUAAUAGACCGCUUCCCUUUGAAACAGAGGAAUGACCGCCGGGCCCUGGUGAACACAGGAGCUUCAGAUGGGGUCAUUGGGGUGUCUGCCCGAGCUGCUUCAGUCCAAACCCCAUGGCUAGCAGUGGAGGUGGAGCAAAACCCUGACCUAAAGACGCACAUCACCCAGAUUGACGCCCUGGUCAAAGAGAUGCUCCAGAAAGUCAGCAUUCCUUUCUGGGCAGUGGAGGCUACCCAAGAGGCCUGGGUGGAAGGCGCUCAGUCUCAGGACACUGCACACGAUCAGGAUGAGACUCUGGAAGAGAUGAUGGUGGUGUCCCAAGAUGACCAGAUGUCUGGGUGUUGUCAACCUCUAAACUGUAAGUUAGGCUGUAUGUUUUGUCUAUCGACCUGA